UUCUUUUUUUUUUUUUUUUUUCUCAGUUGAUGGGGUUGGGCGGGAAAGUUUCUCAUUGAGUCCACAAAAAAAGAAAAAAAAAAAAAAAAAAGGCCGUUGGCCGUGGGGCCUCGGGUGUCGAUCAGGGACACACUCGUUCACGGGCUCUUCUUCUGAAGAGCCAAUCAAAUCAACGCAUCUGGAUCGUCCGUUCUGUGUGUGCAGCAAUCAUCCUUCCUGGAACCUUCCUGGAACUUCCUGGAAACUUCCUGGAAACUUCCUGGAAACUUCCUGGAAGAUGACGAGAAUUCGUGAGCAUCGAUGUCAUCGCCCUCCUCCGUGCGGUCGGGAUGUCUAUGCAGUCGGCAGGCUCAUCAGACUUCGGCUGAUCGUUUUGGCGGGACUGGCUUUUAUGAUCGCACCGCCGCCACGUGGAGAGUGUUCCUCUGGGUCGCUGGGAGCCGUUGAUUUGCCAGGCUUUCCUGAUUUGGAAAGAGGUACUGCGGCGGGAGCAGUGCAUCCGCCGACGGAUAAGGUGGAGGUAGCCCGUCGAUUAAUCGGCGGGGACGGUGACAGAUUACCUCUCGCCCCAUCGGACGACUGCGAUCCACUCUCUCGUUCCAGCUGUCAUAGAGAGAGUGUGAAAGAGCGCGAGGAACAUAAGGUGGGAGGAAGGAGGUUCUUGAGGCCCGUGGUGUCGAGGAAGGACGGCGGCGGCCUCAGGAAAGAUGAUGGUGUUGGUGGUCGUGAUGACGACGAUAGACACAGCCAUGGUUUGGAGAAGGAUGAGGAGGAGGAGGAGGAGGAGGGAGAAGAGAGAUGGCGGCAGAGGAAUUUGAUCGUCGAUGGGGGAAGAUCCCGCGGGGGGAAUGCAGCAGCAGGAGGAGGAGGAGGAGGAGGAGGAGGAGGAAGAGGAGGUCGAGGUGGACGGAGAGCAGAGAGAGGAGAGGGAAAAGAUGCAAUGCGCACGUCGAAACGGCGGCGAGCCUUGGGCACUGGUCCAGAGCCAUUCAGCAGCAGCAGCACGAAUGCAACUACAAGGAAUGUUCCUCUGGAAAGGGUAGUGGGUGGGGCGGCGGCAUCAGCAACAGAUUUUCCAUACCAGGUUGCCAUUUUGCUAGAAAAGGGUGUCCAAUUUCAGUGCGGUGGAGCGAUCAUCGACCCGUUUUACGUCAUUACCGCAGCUGCAACCGGGGGGCAGCAACAAGAAAACGGCAGCGGGGGAGGACGGAUAUCAGGGAAAGAGAACAGUGGCGGCGCAGCAAUAGCCGCCGCCGCCGCCGCCGCCGGCCCCAACGCUACUGCCUCGAUGCCCUCUACUACCCAAGAGGCGGCGGCGGCAGUGGCUGCGGCGGCGAGCAACAAGAUUCCUCCGACUGCCCAAGCGGCCGUCGUCGGGGGAAUGCCCAUCAGCGCGGCGGCGAGCAACAAGAUUCCACCAACUGCCCAAGUGGCCGUCGUCGGGGGAAUGCCCAUCAGCGCGGCGGCGGAAACGGCGGCGGCUCCAGCCGCGGCUUCGCCUGGUGUGAAAUGGAACGCGGAAAGCGGUUCAGCAGCAGGCGUCAAAUCUGAUCCAUCAGCCGUCAGAUCUGAUCCAUCAGCCGUCCGAUCUGAUCCAUCAGCUGUCAGAUCUGAUCCAUCAGCUGUCAGAUCUGAACAGCCAGGACGGCCGAAGAGUGGCGAGGCGCGCGCGCCCAGUCGCGGCCGCAAAUCUGGUAAGAAAGCUAGCCGUAGCCGCAGCAAAAGCCGCAGCAAGAGCCGCGGCCGCAAAUCUGGCAAGAAAGCUGGCCGCAGCAAAAGCCGCAGCAAAAGCCGCGGCCGAGGAGAUACACGGGGGACGGCAGGAAGAGGAGGAAAACAGCAGCAGCAGGGAAGUGGGGAUAAGAAGAAGAAGAAGAGGAAGUCGAAGAAGCAGAGAGAGGCGGAGAGGAAAGCAGAGCAGGAGCGGCUUGCGGAGGAAGCCCGUCGAGCAGAGGAGGCGAGAAUCUUGAGAGAAGAGGAGGAUGAGAGGAGAAGGGUGUUAGAGGAAGAGCUCGCUCAGCAGGCGGAAGCGGCCAGACUUGUUGCUGAGGCCGAGAGGCUAGCCAAGGAGAGAGAGGAGGUAAAGCCUCUCUUGCGCCGAAGGGAGGACGAGAUCCUUCACGAAUUGACGAUCGCUAGGGAGAAGAGGGAUUGGGAGCACUACUUAGCUUGCGACCCGAUCCCUGAGCCGUCUAUCGAGCCCGAACUGACGACGUACAUCUCGGAAGUAAGACGGAGCGACGUCUUGGACCUGAAAAGCACCAUGGACCUGGUCCAACAGGUGUACCAGGUGCGGAUCUUGACCCAAAAUAUUCUCCUGGACGCAGAAGCGAAGGAAGACCAUCGUCUCAUCAAGAAGUACGCCGAGUACACGACAGAGCUGAAGAACCUGAUCGACUACCGCAUCGACAAGGCCUGCGCCAACCUUCUCCUUGAGGCCGAAGAGAUUUAUCACACCUCUGGCGAGAAUAUUUUUACCGCCUCCACUCCCAACUUGAGGAUCGGAUUGUGGAUUAACCAUGCAAAGAAUCCCAGGCUGAAGACCAUCGAGUUUCCCGCCAUCGGUGCCGCGUUAGAGAUCCCCAAAUCGCUCGCUCUGGCCAACGUGGCAAUUCGAGUCCAGCAGCAGGACAUCGAUCAUCUAGUUCAUUCCAGCGACAAGGACGCAUCCAUGCCAAUCGGAGGGCUCAUCACAACGGACGUGCUAGCCGUGCCGCCAGCACCCAAGGUAAUCAAAGGAUGGAAGAUACGCCAAAUCACCCCCAUGAACACCUCCGUGGUCAAGCUGCCUUAUCCAAUUCCUCCCGCGGGCGCCGACGAGGCAACCGUCGCGUCGCUGCAGGCGCCCAAGAUGGGAUUCCGAGUGCAGCUGCCGCCUCGCGUCGUCGUGCCUGGCAAGCGCCCCGGCGUGGCAAGCUGGGAUCCCGACGAGUGUAAAUGGAAAACGGAACCUAUCAGCGACAUCACCUACGACGAGUCAUCCCGAACUUUGCACUUCCAAUCCAUCAAGAUCAAGACGUUGGCUAUGGUCCAGCCACGUGUCCGGUUCAUACCUUACUCCUACUGGGCCAUUCGUCCGACGUCGGAGUCGACGGCCAUCAUGGUCCUCCACGCCGGCGUGCCCAAAGUGGCGGAAGUGAAGAUCGAGAUCGGGACGGGAUGGUGCAAGCUCAUCAACCCGGUUUAUCCAGAAUGCAAAGAACUCGUCGGGAUCCCGUUCAGCCCAAGGGUUUUGCUGAAAAGACUGUCGGAGAGCGGGGUCCACCUCAUGCCGAAGGACGAAGACAUGCAGUUUGUGACCAAGGACUUGCGGGUGAAAGACGCGGAGAUUGAGAAGUACACCUGCCGAGACAUGGCAUUACUAGCUCCGUCGUUCACCAUCGGACACACACGCUGGAACAGACGAGCGGACGACGACACGUGUCUCAUCCGCGUGUUGGAGAUACCGGAGUACAAGUUCCCGCGCAACAUCGACAAGAGCAAGCUGUCCAAAACCAUCAUGUACAAACUCAAGGGCAACAUCAUGAUCGAUAUCAAUGAGAAGUCCUCCGCGUUCCGACAGGACCCCCUUGGGGAGUAUCACGCAAGCCUCAUGGUCACAAUCAAAGACCACUGCAACGAGGAGAGCAUGGAUAAAAUCAAGCGAGGCUCGGCCCAAUUCACCGACUGCGUCAAGCAACUCGCUUAUGCCCUUCGCUUGCUCAGCUUCGGAUACACAGACCCGCAGGUCACAGAAGGACAGUACAGAAUGAUCUACGUCUAGCCGUUUGUGCUCAGCUUUCCACACACACACACACACACACACACACAGAGGAGCUAAAGCACACACCACUCGCCAACCGCCAACAUUUCGAAUGUGCACCUUCGACCAGCCGUUCGUCCGGAUACAUUCAAAAUGUUGGCGUUGGGCGAGUGGCGCGCAGCGAGCCCCACACACACGCAGGUGACAGAAGGACACAAGAGUAGACACGCGAGUAUACAAUGUCGCACGUCUACCGGCGACGUGUGGUGCUGCGAUGCUGCUCCACACAACCCCGCCCCGACGUGUCCGCUCAACACGCGGCGAUAUGCUGCGUGACCACCAUGCACGUCACCCCGCCCACACUUGUCUGUUCGACAUUCUUCAAUGCUGCUGCGAUGGCCCGACGCUUUGUCUGGUUUCAUUUUCGGCAGCCUCGCCACAGUCGAAAGAAGUUGAGCCACAGUCAAAUCAAGUCAUUCGAGAUCG